CCCGGAUGUUUUACAUCGUAUCUGUCCUAUGAACCGCACUUCUUCGAACAAGCAACUAUGGAUUUUAUGACAGAUCAGGACGUGCAAAAGUACCUGGAGGAAGGAUAUGUGGUUCUGGACGGGCUGCUGACCGCUCAGGAGUGCGACGAGCUGAGGCAAAGGAUGGCCGAGAUAGUGGACCAGAUGGAUGUCCCGCAGCACUGCCGCACCACCUUCUCCACCUACCACGAUGAGCAGCUGAAAACUCAGGGAAACGCUGACUAUUUCAUCACCAGUGGAGAUAAGAUCCGCUUUUUCUUUGAGAAAGGAGUUUUUGAUGACAAAGGGGAAUUCAUCGUACCAAAACAGCGGUCACUAAAUAAAGUUGGACAUGCCCUGCAUGCCUAUGAACCAUUAUACAAAAAGGUUACACAUUCACCCAGAAUCCAGGGCAUAGCGAAGAAGCUGGAGCUUGUGCAUCCUGUGAUACUGCAAAGCAUGUUCAUUUUUAAGCAACCAGGGAUCGGUGGGGAAGUGACGCCGCAUCAAGACGCCACAUUCCUGUACACGGAGCCGCUGGGCAGAGUUAUGGGGCUGUGGAUCGCCCUGGAAGACGCCACUGUUAACAAUGGCUGCCUGUGGUUUAUCCCGGGGUCACACAACAGUGGUAUUUCUCGGCGUAUGGUGCGUACCCCACCAGGCACCUUCCCCCUGACAGACUUCACUGGUCGAGAGCAGACCUACGAUGAUGAGAAGUUUGUCCCCACACCUGUAAAAAAAGGUGGUGUAGUCCUGAUCCACGGGGAGGUGGUGCAUCGCAGCGCUGAAAACUCCUCCGAAGACUCUCGCAAUGUCUACACCUUCCACAUCAUGGAGUCCCAGGACACCCGCUGGAGCCCUGACAACUGGUUGCAACCCACUGAAGAGCUCCCUUUCCCGCCUCUCUACACUAAAUGAAGGAUGUUUUUUGCCAUUUUGGCUGCAGCUCAUGGAAAAACACACAAUCCUUUCUUUCCCGAUCCCGGACCAACAUGUAUGGAUUAUUUUAACCAAACUCAUGGCUUGUUUUGUAUCCUCUGACACCAUCUGUCCCUCUGAGCUACAUGUUGGCUCGUAUGUAGCCUGAUGCAGAACUACUUCAGCCAAGUCGAUACUGGAUUAACGGAGACCAAUUCACAUUUGUGAUGAAUGUUUUUAAAUGAGAAUUUUUAAUAGACUGGAAAAUUAAUUUGAAUAAACAUUUUUAAACUUCUUAAUUAAUUUUACAUGGACACCCACAAUACAACUGAUAUUUAGAUAUACCUUUAUUCAGCAACUCCCCGUCAACGUCGUCACCAGCCAGCAUUAUUUUUGUUCAAAUUUGUGUCAAAACAAGAUGGCAGAUUCGUAUUUUUACAGACCACAGUAAGAUUUCUAUUUUCAAGUAUGUUCAUUUUAAGAUGGAACUUACAUGAAAAACAAUCCAAAUUUAUGUAUGAAUGAUUAUUUAGCACAACAUCCAAACCUCUGUUAAUUUUAAAAUCAAAUUGAGAAAGCAAAGUGUUAAUGUUCAUGUUGUGUAAAACCUAAACAAAACAGAAUGCGAUCAUUUGCUAAUCCUUUUUGACAUUACUCAAUUGAAAACACUACAAAGACAAUCUAUUUACUGUUUUACCUCAUAAGCUUCAUUGGUUUUUGUAAAUAUCUGCUUAUUCUGAAUUUGAUACAGCAACACAUUUCAAACUAAAGACUGGGAAAGUUGUAGAAUGCUCCAAAAACACCUGUUUGGAUCAUUCCACUGGUA